GCAGGUUAGUAAGGUUAAUAUUUUAGAGGUCAUCACCCGGGCUAAUUCCUUGCGCGGUUCAAGCUGCUGUCGAUAAAAUGUCGGAGCAGAUUACCGUUGAGAACUGCUAUGAGAUUUUGACAAUAGCCAAAAGGCAACGUAUCGGUGAAUUGAAGCAGAAAGCCUACAAGCACAUGAGUGACAAUUUCUUGGAAAUACUGCGUGAUCCUGCUGUCUAUGGGCGUUUGACGGGAGGGGAGAGAGAGCUGAUUCUCACUAUGAGAAUGGAGGGAAAGAGGGCGUUGGUGGUGGCUGAAAUCAACGAGGUGUAUGACCGCGCCGGGAGCAGACCUCCAAGCCGUGAGAACAGUCGCCCUCAGAGCCCUCUAUCGAUGGUGUCCCUGGAGGAGAACCAUGUGAUUUACUAUUACAACGAGGAGACAAAGGACUGGAAAGUGCUGACGAAGAUGCCGGAUGAAAUCAACACAAAGGGCUCUGGGAUAUGCACCAUGUACAAUUAUCUAUUCGUAGCAGGUGGAAUCAAAGUGCAGGGCGACAAAGGCAAGGUCUCAGACAAGGUGUUCUGCUACAACCCUCUCACUGACAGCUGGGGCGAAAUACGACCGCUCACCCAGGGUCGGUCUCAGCUCAAGCUGGUGUCCAUGGACGGCUACCUGUUUGCAAUCGGAGGGGAGUGUCUAUUCACGGUGGAGAAAUACGACCCUCGCACUGAUAGAUGGAGCCCUGUGGCGCCGCUACCAAAAGGGGCGUUCGCUGUUGCGCACGAGGCAACGACCUGUAAUGGAGAGCUUUUCGUAUCCGGAGGCUCUCUCUUUUAUCGUCUGCUAAGAUAUGACAAUAGAAGAGCUGAUUGGGAGGAAUGCCCGUUCAACAACAGCAGGAAGAAAUCCACCGACAUGGUGGCGUUCAAAAACUUCAUCUACAGGUUUGACGUCAACCGUGACUAUGGCGUCAACGUGUUCAAAUACAACACUGUGGUGAAAAUAUGGCAUGACAGUGCGUCCCUGGAGCAGACCAACCCCUUGCCCUUUCGCUGUGCUGUCAUUGGCAACACUAUUUACUGUGUGAACAAGUCCCAAACAUUGCAGUUUGUUGUGGAAGAGGAGAAUGAACAGUUUCUGCCUGAUGCAGAAGCACUCAGAGCACCUGUAGAGGCUAAAGGUGCCCUUGUUCCAUUUGUCCUGGCUCUGCCUAAAACAGCCUGAGACAGAAUAAUGCACAAUAUUUACCUGUUUUUGGAGACUCACUAAAAGCGGCCUCAGAAAUGUCAUUUGAGGACAAAAUAUGCAGUGUUUGAUAAAAGACUGUGAUAAGAAUGACAAAUUAAAUAAUUUGUCAAUUUUCAUGAACAGUAUUUGUAAUUCCUACCAGAGGACAGUAAUAUUGUGAUAGGCUCCUCUUAUCUUGCCUCUGUGGCUAUACACUUCAACAGCUCUACAGAAACAAUGUAGCCUACUGUAUAGACCUAGGUGAUGUCAAUAGGCAGAACUUUUUCAUCCAACAGCACUGCCAAAGCAAUAUUUAUUCCCAAGUGUUUGUAAUUCAAUGUCAAUAUAACUAUUGCAUGAUUCCAAUAGUUUUCCUCUCUGAGAGUAUUACCUGUUAUUACUAAGUGGAAACAUUGCCGUGUGCUUUCUUGGAGUAGGAAUAAAACGUGUUGCAAAGCAGCUGUUGCCAAAACCAGGGGAGAGAUACACAAUGGGAGAUAACAGGGAUCACUGUUGGUAUAAUAUUACCUACUAUGACUUUAUUACAGGGAAUGAUAGAACAUCCCACCGUAUGGUAAAGGAUUAGCAGCAUCAAGAAACCCAUUUGAAUGUCUAAGGAAAGUCUGGUUUGAGUGGCUAUAUUGUCUGUUAGUCUGUGGCCUGGAUAAUGACAUGUAUUUUUCACAUUACUUUAAGUAUGUUGUCUUCCAAACCCUCUCAGCCCUGAUGCCCUGACCACAGGCGGACAGUCUCAUUUUACAGCUGGGCAUAUUGACCCAUAACGCCAACUCUCCAAAAUGUGCUUAGUUAGGCACUAAAGAUAUUUGUGAGAUUCAUGUUUUUUGACACCUUAGAGUAUUUUUUUUAAUUUGUAUUUUUUUGUUACACUUUUCACCCUUGUCUGCGGCGAUUGUGCAAUAGUUUAUUUAUCAAUCCAUCAAUGGACAGCAGUUUGUGAAACUAAUGUACUCAACAGCAUGUUGUGAAAUUCACAGUUGGGAUAGUUGCUGUUGCAGCACAGCUUCCUUUUAUUUAUUUAACCUUUAUUAACCUUCCUUUUAGAGCGCCUGGAGAGGGCUAAGGCUGUUUACAGCAAGACCAGGGCUACGGCUGUUUACAGCAGGACCAGGGCUUUGCUCCAAUGUAUGCUUUGCCUGGACACACAGUCCAGCCAGCAGGGACAAAGAGAGGGUAAUUCACUCAACCCUCAAGGGGAAAAGACUCACUGUGAAAUGAGAAUAUGACCCUGUCUGCCAGUGAAUGAAAAUCCAAUUGUGCUUACACACACACACACACACACACACACACACACACACACACACACACACACACACACACACACACACACACACACACACACACACACACACACAGUGUGAGGCCUGUGACUUGCUGCCAAGUCUCGGUGGGCCCAUAUGCUGAUGGUCUCUGCCCUAAGGUGUGCCAUGUUUACUUACUGUGGGAGCCUAUAGGCUCUAACAAUAUAAUCAAUCAUCCCCUCACCUCUCUGUCAUAGUAAUAGAUCCUGUUUCAAAGGGAAUGACAUUCAAAGACGUGAAGUCAUCCUUACAGUAUGUCGUUAUUUUAUCCUGUUCAGUGAAGAGUGCACCUUUGAAAAUGUAGCUGCCUUUCUGUGCCACACCCAUUGCUGAGGGCAAGGCCAGGUUUUAAUGUACUGUAACUUCAAGUCCUAGCUUCCUCUGUCUUUUAGGGUGUUUCUUACCGCAAUAAAAACCUUUUUUGAUUAUAUAUUUAAAAAAAAUAUUAUUAUUUUUGAGGAUUAUUAGUGCUUGUGUUUAUAUGACAAAGAUCCCGCCAUUAAGGUCUAUAUUUAGCUUUCUGCUGGGUCUAAUUAAAAGUCUUCAUGAAUGAGCAUGCUGUGUGAGUUAAGUUUAUGUGGACCAAGGCAAUCGACUGCCGAACUAAUGGCCGAAGGCUAAUAAUACUAAUUCAAGGCUUGUAAGCUUGUGAGUGAUGGUGUUGGGUGUUUCACUUUCAGUAUGUUUGAAUUGCUGUAAUAAAAACAGUUAUUUGCA